GCUGCUUUCCCCUGUAACUAGGGUCAUGGACUAAUGCGUUGCGCAGUAGAAACCUUCAGAGGGCUCGUGCUGGGAGCCCGAAUUGCCGCCCUCGACAGGCUUGAGAAUGCUCUCCAGCCGUGGCUGACAAGUCUCACGUGCGGGUGCACGUACGUGUUGAUCAAGUCUCUAUCUUGGUUCUGCCUAGAUCCUAAGAUGGGGCUACUGUUGGUGAGCAUCUUGAUAACCAUCUCUCGGCAAGCCUUCUUAUAUUUACUUUGCUGGCCGAGCUCAUGUCAGAGAGCUUUCUCAAAGACGAAAGUUGGCGAGUUCUUCCGGUUAACCAAGUCUAGAUAACGUGUUGGAGAUACAACCACGCUCGGUAGUUUGGGUUGCCCGAGGGGUUAUGUGGAAGGGGCAAG